UCUUUAAUUUCAUCUUUCUCUCUCCCUCACUAACAAUAGAGCUAGGAGGUUAUAAGAGAGAGGAGGGAGAGUUGGCAAGGCAUCUACACAUCCAUCCCAGAGAGAGAGAGAGCGGUAGAGAUAGAAAGAGAGACAGAAAGAAAGCUGAAGCCGGCCAGGUUUCUUUGCCAUACUACUCUACUACCACUACAUUCCUCUCUCUCUCUCUAGCGUAGCUAGCUUCUCUCUCUAGCCUAGCUUGCCUUGAUGGUGUAUUAAUAUACCAAAGGAAACUUCCAUCCUUUCCAUUGAUUGCAUUCCACUGAAGCCGUAGUGGAUCCAUCCAGCACCUCAUGCAAAAGCAAAACGCCCUCCUCUUCUUCUUCUCUCCCAAUCCAAUUCCAAUCCCAAUCCCAAUAAAAAGGCAGGCAGGCACCCUCUAGCUAGCUAGCUACACCCCACCCACAAAAUUGAACAGGCUACUCUUCCUUCCUUCCACAAGCUAAGCCUGCUGCCUGCCAUGCAUACGCCGGAGGCGGUGGAGAUCGCCAAGCCGCCGCCGCUCGUCGUCAUGCCCACGUCCUCCACAGAGCACUCCGCCGGCGAGCUGGACAGGCACCAGCAGCCGCCCCUCUCCGCCGCCGUCAAGCGCAAGCGCACCAAGAGGCCGCGCCACCACCCGCCGGCGUCGUCCGCGUCCUCCUCCGAGAGCACCACCACCGAGGAGGAGGACAUGGCGCACUGCCUCAUCCUCCUCGCUCAGGGCGCCGCUGGCGGCUCAGGGUCCGGCGUCGCCGUCGACUCCAAGCCAUCGCCAUCGCCGCCGGCGGCGCAACAGCAGGCGCCGCAGCCGUCGCCCCCUGCAGCCGCGCCGCCGCCGCUGGUGAAGAGCGAGAGGUACACCAGCCGCAAGUACACGGAGGCCGCGACCACGGUGGACGGCGUCAAGGCCGGCUUCUACGUGUACGAGUGCAAGACGUGCAACAAGUGCUUCCCCACCUUCCAGGCGCUCGGCGGCCACCGCGCGAGCCACAAGAAGCCGCGCCUCGCCGGCGCCGACGAUGAGAUCGCCAUCAACGUCGUCACCGCCAGCAAAACCGCAAUAAAGCAGCAGCAGAGGCCACCGAUGGCGACCGCGUCGCCGCCGCCUGCCCUUCAGCCGCCUCAGAUGGACGUCGCCGUCUUCCCGGACGUCACCACUGCGCUGAGCCUCAACAGCGUUGCCGCCAUCAGAAGCAGCAAGCUGCGGGUGCACGAGUGCUCUAUAUGCGGCGCCGAGUUCGCGUCGGGGCAGGCGCUGGGCGGCCACAUGCGGCGCCACCGCCCGCUGAACGCGCCGGAGCGCGCGGUGACCGCGAUCGCCGGCACGGACACCAAGAAAGAGGGGAGCGCCAGCAUCAACCUGGAGCUGGACCUGAACCUGCCGGCGCCGUCCGACGGGGAAGCCGUCGUGUCGCUUCCGGCGGCCGUGGUGCUCGGCCUCGGGCCGUUGAGCGACGGCAAGAAGGCUGGGCUGAUGCUGACAGCCUCAGCACUGGUGGAUUGCCAUUAUUGACAUGAGCGGCGGCCCUUGGUGGCCUGGCCGGCCUCAUGAAUUCUUUGCUUAAUUAACACUGAUUAUAAUUCAUCUCUUUUCUUUUC